GGAGCGCGUUGAGUAUGCGCUUUUAGCAUUCACAUUCUGUCCUGAACGGCUUGGAUGCGCAAAUGGCACGCACAUGCACUUUUGUACUCUUGAUUCUCUUAAUAGGGCUCACCAUCACAACUCAAGGUGUACAGGCUCAUGUUGCGGCUUGGCAUUACGGAAUGUACUGCUUGAAUGGAACUUCAGGGUAUGAUAAUCCGAACACGAACGAUGCUAUACAGCCAUUGUAUCGGAUGACCAAAGACGAUUGGUGGUUUCACCAUUUUAAUAAAUGUGACCGAUUUCCUCCAGAAGAAGGAGAUUUCCUUGACCUUCCAGUGAACGGCACAUUCACGGUAGAGCAUGCUCUCAAUCGUGCGUUCACCACACUCUCGUACAAUGGAGAAGAUAUAGGCGACUUUGGAGAUGGAGAGGAUCAUCCUGGGAUGGGCGAAGAUGGCGACUGUAUUACAGCCAUAAAUAUACAUACCCAAAACGAGAGUAUGGCUGCGGGUACAGCUUUUGCUAUCUCAUAUCAGUCGAAUAUGAGCCUAGUUACGUUUGAAAAUUUGGUGGUUUUCACUGUGUUAUACCAUACGCCCUGGAAACGCAUCGCAACGUAUUCGGUCCCAAACUUACCAGCGUGUCCUCCCGAAGGAUGUAUAUGUGCUUGGGGAUGGAUUCCAAACGGAUGCGGGACUGCCAACAUGUAUCACCUUGGCUAUAGGUGUAAAGUUGUUGGGCAAACAGGUGAUGCUGCCGUCGCCCCGGGACAAGCUCCCGUAUGGUGCGAAGAUGACCCCGAUCGCUGUGUGAACGGCGCAAAACAGAUGCUUUAUUGGCAUCAAGUGGAUGGCAACAAUAUUGAAGUCGAAGGACUUGAUCUCGCGGGAGAUCACAAAAGCCCUGCUUAUAAUGCGAAAUGUGGAUUUAGAAAUGGUGCCCAAACCGAUAUUUUCCUAGAACCCGGAACAGCAACGUCCACCAAUGUUCCACCAUCUGCCAUUCGACAUAAAUUGCCCAGUCUCGUCCGUACAUCCCCUAGGCCUCGUCGGAUCACACCCGUUACUGUCCUUUUGGAACAUGCUCAUAGAUAUAUAAUGAUGGUGUACUCGUUCCCGCUAUUCGUGUAUUACUAUGCCAGGUCAUAGAGAAGAGAGGAUUUCGGUAUUUUCUGCAGACUCACUAUGCAUGAUGGAGAGGAUUUUUAAAGGCACUUCGCCUGUGAUUAGGUAUACUAAUAUGUUCUUAUUAUCCAGGACUAGGACAUCGCUAUUGCCAAUAUGAUGGACUUAAAUUGCUUAGCGCUUGGUACAAGAAAUUGGCGCCG